UUUCCCAAGAUGUCCAGUGACAGACAAAGGUCAGAUGACGAAAGCCCAAGUACCAGCAGUGGUAGCUCAGAUGCCGAUCAGAGAGAUCCACCUGCACCUGAGCCAGAGGAACAAGAAGAAAGAAAACCUUCUGCAACCCAGCAGAAGAAAAAUACUAAACUCUCCAGCAAAACGACUGCUAAGCUCUCCACUAGUGCUAAAAGAAUUCAGAAGGAGCUGGCUGAAAUAACCCUGGAUCCACCUCCCAACUGCAGUGCUGGGCCUAAAGGUGAUAACAUUUACGAAUGGAGAUCUACUAUCCUUGGUCCUCCAGGUUCUGUUUACGAAGGCGGCGUCUUUUUUCUGGACAUUACGUUUUCCUCCGAUUAUCCAUUUAAACCACCAAAGGUUACCUUCCGCACUAGGAUCUACCACUGCAACAUUAACAGUCAGGGAGUCAUCUGUCUGGAUAUUCUGAAAGACAACUGGAGCCCUGCUUUGACUAUUUCAAAGGUUCUGCUGUCUAUUUGUUCUCUCUUGACAGACUGCAAUCCUGCUGAUCCUCUGGUGGGAAGCAUAGCCACUCAGUACCUGACCAACAGAGCAGAACAUGACAGGAUAGCCAGACAGUGGACCAAGAGAUACGCAACAUAAAACAACACUGACGACUUUUGUGCGGCACGAAGGUGCGGAGAUGCAGCUUUGUGGUGCGCAACUAAUCUUUAUAGCCUUUACAAUACGGACUUCUGUGUAUAUGUUAUACUGAUUCUACUCUCUGCUUUUAUCCUUUUGAAGACUGGGAUACUGCUUUCCUUCCCCCCCCUCUUUUUUCCCCCCUUCCCCUCAUCCGCCCCUCCCCCAAAAGGUAAAAUGCUAUCAAGAGUAGAACUUUGUAGCUGUAGAUUAGUUAUGUUUAAAAUGCCUACUUGCAAGUCUUGCUUCUUUGGGAUAUCAAAAUGUAUUUUGUGAUGUAACUAAGGAUACCGUUCCUGAAGUCAACCAAAUAUUAUAGUGCAUUUUAGCCUAAUUCAUUAUCUGUAUGAAGUUAUUAAAGGUAGCAGUAGAUGACUAGGAAUUACGUCAUUUGUAUUAAGCCCAGAUCUAUUUCCAAUAUGUGGUACAUGCUGUUGUAAAACUGUUUUAAACUUUUACCUUUGUCGGUUUGUAAUGAAAGGGAUUCCUUCUCUACCCCCUCCCCUCCCAUCGCCACCCACCUUGUAGCUUGGAGAGCAUCCAGUGUAUCAUCUCAAACACAAUAAACAUGUUCCCCAAGGAA